CGCAGCCCCUCCCCAAUUGCUAGUCUACUGUUCUUUCUUGGUUUGUCCUGUAUGCCAACAAGCCGAAAAAUCAUUGCAUACACCCGCUGCGAAGCGUCAGUGCCACAAUGCCGAGCCUCUUCUCUCGGAUAAGGGGCAAGGAUGGGAAGUCCAAGAAGGGUGCCGGUCUCACCGACCUCACAAGCCAGCUGCCCUCGAAGCCACGAUGGGACGAUGCAUAUACGCGAACUGAAGUUGAGCCCGAGGAGGUUGUGGAAUUGGUUAGGCGCUGCACUGAGGAACUAAAGUCAAGGGCUAACUCGUCGCAUAAACCAGCACUCGAUCAUCCCUUUCUUCUGUUACCAUUCAGACCAACUUCGGAUCCAAGCGCCGUGCGCAUAUUCAUCCGACAUUUCUUCGAUGCCAGCCAUAACUUACGAGGGGAAGCUCUGGCGCAGGAGUUGCGCAUGACCGAGCCCAUGGUCAUUUCCGGCGUUAUCAAAUGGUGCUGGAGUCGCAUUCAGGGUGGCGUGGUUGGAUGGGAUGCAUACGAGCUCUUCAAAGUCGGAGAGUCGGACUCAAAUAUGGCGCGCAAUGCUUUCACCACAUUCAUCCCACUGAGCGUGGAUAACGAUGCGCGGUCUAAGAUCAUAUUCGACUAUUUUGACCUCAUGUCUGCCGUUGCAGCCCACGGCAAGUCAAACGGCUUCGGAGGCCGCAAGCUCUCUCGCAUGGCGUCCUGGUGGGCGUUCGAAUACAAGGACACUGGCAAUGGAUUUGACGGUGGUUACAAGUUCUGGCUCGGGGCUGCCGAUGCCACCACCCAUCUGUUCUUCGCAUAUCUCCGAUCUUUAGGUCCUGAGACUGUUGUUGGUGGGAUCUCCAUGCUGCCUCGGUCCUUGCAGAAACUCCUGCACGAAACCGAGUACCCUCCACAAACCCCAUCUUUGAUGCAGUCCUCCACAUACAGGGUCAACAUGAUUGUCGAUACUGUAUCACCGACUCCAUUCGCGCUUUUGCGACGCGCCAAUCACUUCCAAUAUCGCGAUAGCGACAGGGCGCUUUACGAGUAUUCCGAGUACGAGGAUCCCGUUCGGGCCCUUACAGAAGAGUGCCGUAGAGUCCUCAAGGCCAUUUCCCUCGCAAAUCAAUCACAAGUCUCUAGUUCUAAGGUGUCUACGGGGCUGAGAGAUGCAUCUUGGUCUCGCUUUGAGGAUAUAGGCUUCGCCGGCUCCUUGGACGAAGACGACGUCGAGGACGAAGCGCCAAAAAGUCAGCAACCCCGGGGUCUGAGGACGACACCUGCCUCCGGAGGACUAGGUGGCGCCAGGCCAACGACACCAUCUUGGGCGGAUUUUUUGUCUUCCGGAUUCGUAGAUGAUUCGCCAAACAGCCCUACGAGUCUGCUACCCCCUGACAAGGUUUUACCGCCAAUUGAUGCAAACCUCCGACAGCGCAGCUCACAGUCGCACAGGCCGCGUCUAGAGUCCAAUCAACAGCUGGAGCCUGGUGAGUUGGCGAGCAUUAACAUGUUCGACUUCGACGAUGCGUUUUGGUGGGUAUGGAUGAGCAGUUUGGCCCCCGAGGAGACCCCAGAACGAAAGGCCGCCUUUGGCCGCUGUGCUAUCAUCGAGACUGUCAUUCGCUCUGGCAGAUGGUUGAUUAUGGAAGAAACAGUAAAGGGUGCCGCCGCUGAACCGGACGCCAAUGCUUAUAUCGCCGAGAAAAAGGGCUUCUUCAGUUGGACCAGACGAAACAAGGGCGUUUCUCGUUCUAAGUCAACUGGGAAAAAGGGCCACGACAAGAAUGACCGGCUGAAGCCAAGCGCAACUGUGGGGGCUGGGUUGAGCAAGACCAGUAUUGGACCGGACCAGCAGGCCAAGAUUCAGGCUGCAGCACUGCAGCUUCAAAGAAGGGAAGCCCAGGAGCAGUACAAGCCUUUGCCACAGCGACGUGGGCGAACAGAUACAGAAGUCAUGAAGGAGAAGACUAACAGUGUUCUCACAAUGCAGCCUGUUAUCAUGAAAGAAGCUUCGCCGGCAAUGAAAUGGGCAAAUAAAUACGACAAGGACGCUAUUCGUGAAGCUUACCUGGGCAACGUGAAUGCUGGUCGGGGCCUGGGCCAGGCUACCAUGCAGACAAACGGUUAUUCAGAGAACGGGGAGACCCCUACAAAUGGUGCGCAUUACCCCGAGGUACCCGAGGAGUCCCCUUCAAUUACUUCGCCGGUCACUUCGAAAGCACCUGCAGUCCUAGAGCCUCGAGUACCCAUGCAAGAAGUGGAGCAUCCUGCCGAACCAGAAAGACCUUUCGAUCCCGAACGCAACAUUCACCCUGCGGAAAGAACGGGACUUACGGGACGCAACUCGCCAUUACCUCCCACGGGGCGCAACUCUCCACUACCUCCUCCGCCUCAAGAGAAUUCUUUUGAAGCAGGACGUGAGACUUUGCUGUCACCAGAGCCGGGGCACAGCCAUGAUCAAAAGCCCAAGAAACUCCACAAAGACGAGAAAAAGGCGAGCGGUGGUCUCCGUAAACUCUUCAGUCGUCGAAACCGCUCAUCUAAGCUUCCAGAGAAUGCUUCCAACGAUUUGAAUGCAAUGCUCGCACAACAGCCUGCAGCUGCUUCUCAACGACGACUCCAGCCUAUCCCGUCUGAAACAGCCGUUAAUCGACCUGAAGAACCGGAUUUCGUUACGCCUGCGGAGCAGCCUGAAGAUUUGGAGUUUGUUCACUCACCAGCUUCUCCACCCGUGCCGGAGCCAGCAUACGAGGCCUCCAUCGACGAUGAUUUAUCGCGUGUUGACACGGCUGACGCACAUGAAGCGCACCACGAGUUCUCACGUUUUGAUCAAGGGCCGUUAGCAGACCAGCCUGCAUUUGUGCCUGGAGAUGAAUAUAGCGAGGACGAUGCCACACCUCCCCCCAUUGCCCGCCACACGACCAAUCACAGUCCUCAGUCCAUCUCUUCAGAUACAGAGGAACAAGCUGCGCCUUCACCUACAGUUCCUAUGCAGGACCGAUGGGCACAAAUUCGCCAGAAUGCAGCGGCUCGAGCUCGGCAAAGCGAAGAGCAGAGCAGGGGCGGGUAUAGUAAAACAACUGACGAUGACGACAACACUAGUGGUGAGGAGACAAUCGAAAGUCGUGUUGCUCGCAUCAAGGCCCGCGUGGCUGAAUUGACAGGCAACAUGGAGGGUACAACUGCACCAGGUAGUCGAACGCCUCCGAGACGCUAGGGACGAAUUUUUGAGGACAACGCCAAAUUUGAUGCAA